CCUUCAAAUAACUUCAAAAUCCCCCUCUAUAUUAACUCCCCUCCCUCUUCUCCCCCAAAUUUGAAGCACUUCCACUGUGUAUUCUAGGUGUAUUUACACACAGUUUAGGUUAACAAAUGGCAAAACCUCGAAAGCAUAAGACCGAAGAUCAAAAAGCCGAUAAUUCAGAAGCUGUGGUGAAACAUCAGAAGCUAUGCCUCGCAAUCGAUCUCGAAAAACGUCGAAUCUACGGGUAUACCGAGCUUGAAGUAGCUGUCCCAGAGAAUGGUAUUGUGGGGUUACAUGCUGACAAUUUGAUGAUUGAGUGUGUAACUGUCGAUGGAGAGCCAGCAAGGUUUGAAAUAUUCCCUCACUAUCAGCAAAUGGACAGUGACGACAGAUGGUGCUCUGUUUCUUCAACUAAUUCUGCUGCUGAUGCUGCGGGUUCAGUAUAUGUUUCAUGUCUUGAAAGAGAAUUGGUGCCCAAUUUGUUGAUUAUGUGCUCUAAUGAGGCUACCACCAAACCAGUGCCUGAGCAGCUAGAAGAGACGGUGCAAGAAAAUGGGACCCAAACAUCCAGUGAAUCCAAGCAGAAUGUAAAAUUGAUCCGCAUCGAUUACUGGGUGGAGAAGAUAGAAACAGGAAUACAUAUUGAAAAGGAUGUUAUGCACACAAAUAAUCAGAUAAGACGUGCUCGUUGUUGGUUCCCUUGUAUGGAUGAUAGUUUACAACGUUGCUGCUUUGACUUGGAGUUCACGGUGGCCAACAACCUUGUUGCUGCCAGCACUGGAACCUUGAUGUAUCAGGUUUUGACCAAUGAUGACCCUCCACGUAAGACAUACAUCUAUAAAAUAAAUGUACCUGUUGCAGCUCAAUGGAUAUCUCUGGCUGUCGCUCCAUUCGAAAUAUUUCCUGAUCGUCAUAAUAAUCUUAUAACACACAUAUGCUUGUCACACAACUUGCCAAAGCUUCGGAACACAGUGGGAUUUCUUUAUAGUGCAUACAGCCAUUAUGAACAUUACCUUUCCACCAAAUUUCCAUUUGGGUCAUACACACAAGUUUUUAUCGACCCGGAGAUGGCAAUAUCGUCUUUGAGCUUGGGUGCAUCAAUGAAUAUCUUUAGCUCACAAAUUCUUUUUGAUGAGAAAAUCAUUGAUCAGACGAUAGAUACAAGAAUAAAACUUGCGUAUGGUCUUGCAAGACAAUGGUUUGGGGUCUAUAUCACUGCAGAGGCACCAAAUGACGAGUGGUUAUUGGAUGGACUUGCUUGGUUCUUGACGGACUCAUUUAUUAAGCAAUUUCUAGGAAACAAUGAAGCACGGUAUAGGCGUUAUAAGGCAAAUUGUGCUGUUUGCAAAGCAGAUGAUAGUGCUGCAACUGCCUUGAGCUCUUCUGACGCUUCCAAGGCUUUGUAUGGAACACAGUGCAUUGGUUUUUAUGGAAAAAUUAGGUCUUGGAAAUCUGUUGCGGUUCUACAAAUGUUGGAAAAGCAGAUGGGUCCUGAGUCAUUCUGUAAAGUCUUAAAGAAUCUGGUUGCACCUCCUAAAGAUACAACUCACCCCUUGAGAACCCUUAGCACAAAAGAGUUUCGGCACUUGGCUAAUGAAGUAGGCAAUCUUGAGCGCCCAUUUCUAAGAGAGUUUUUUCCUCGCUGGGUGGGUUCUAGCGGUUGCCCUGUUUUAAAGAUGGGGUUUUCAUAUAACAAACGGAAGAACCUGGUUGAAUUAGCAGCUUUGCGUGGGUGUACAGCCACACCAGAUUCAAAUCCCACUUAUCCCAAUUCAAAACCCGAUUUUGUGAAACGAGAAGCUGAUGCUGGAUGGCCCGGAAUGAUGAGUAUACGGGUUCAUGAACUUGAUGGGAUGUAUGAUCAUCCUGUUUUACCAAUGGCGGGGGAAACAUGGCAGCUUCUAGAAAUACAAUGCCAUUCUAGACUUGCUUCCAAACGUUUUCAAAAGCCAAAGAAAGGGCCGAAGCAUGAUGGUUCUGAUGAUAAUGCGGAUACAGUUGCCUCUGUAGAUAUGCGUUCCAACAGCAAUGAUUCCCCCCUGCAAUGGCUCAGGGCCGACCCUGAAAUGGAGUAUCUUGCCGAGAUUCAUUUCAACCAACCUGUACAGAUGUGGAUAAAUCAAUUGGAGAAGGACAAGGAUGUUGUUGCUCAAGUACAAGCAAUUACAGCACUAGAGUUGUUUCCUCGUCUUCUCUCAAUUGUCAAUGCGUUAAGUAAUCUCCUCUGCGAUUCUCAGGCAUUUUGGCGAGUGCGGAUUGAGGCGGCUUUUGCUCUGGCUAGCACAGCAUCUGAGGAAACUGAUUGGGCUGGUUUACUGCACCUGAUUAAGUUCUAUAAAAGUCGAAGAUACGAUGAGAAGAUUGGACUCCCAAAGCCGAAUGACUUCCAUGAUUUUGCUGAGUAUUUUGUACUUGAGGCUAUUCCGCAUGCAGUUGCUUUGGUUAGAGCGCCAGACAAAAAGAGCCCUAGGGAAGCUGUUGAGUUCAUUUUACAACUUUUGAAGUACAAUGAAAACAAUGGGAAUCCCUACUCUGAUGUUUUCUGGCUUGCUGCAUUGGUCCAAUCAGUUGGUGAACUUGAAUUUGGACAACAGACAGUUGCUUUUCUAUCUUCUCUUGUGAAACGCAUAGACCGGUUAUUACAGUUUGACAGGCUGAUGCCAAGCUACAAUGGAAUCCUGACAGUUAGCUGCAUUCGAACACUAACACAAAUUGCAUUGAAGCUUUCAGAAUUCACCCCUCUAGAUCGUAUCUUUGAUUUGAUUAAACCCUUUUCCUCUUCUAAGACACAAUGGCAAGUUCGAAUCGAAGCAUUCCGGGCACUUCUUGACCUCGAGUAUCACUGCAAAGGAAUCGAUGCAGCAUUGAUUUUAUUUAUUAAAUAUUUGGAGGAGGAGCCUUCAUUAAGAGGUCAAGUGAAAUUGGGUGUGCAUGCUAUGCGGUUAUGUCAAAUAAGCGGUGAUGCGGAUGACGACCAUGGUGUGAUGCAGGGAACUCUCGUGGCACUACUUCGUCUUCUUGAAAGCCCAGUAGCAUUUAACAAUGUUACACUACGCCAUUAUUUAUUCUGCAUUUUACAAGUCCUGGCUGGAAGACCACCGACACUUUGUGGAGUUCCUAGAGAUGAAACGGUGAUCAAGGGCCACACGGAAAUUUGCAAUGAACUUAAAAACUUCUUUGCCGCUAUUGUGAACCAAUCUAAGCCUGCAGAGCCGUCUUUAGAUGCGCUUAUGCUUCCGUGUGACGAGCCUGCAAAUGAAACGAACACAGAAACAAAUAUCGUUUCCAUUACUGAUAACGAGAGAACCCAGCCUCAAGACAUUACUCUGACGUUGACCGAACCCGAUGUAGUACCAAAAGAAGGAAACGACAAUAACGAACAAAAGCCACCAGAUUUGAUCAUUCUUGAUUCUUCAGAAGCUCAUAAAGAACCAGAUACGGUUUCAAACAGUCAAGAACGAAAAAAACCCGUGUUGAAAAUCAGAAUGAAGCAAUCAUCUGCUGCUUCUAGUAGAGCCGAGGAUGUUGUCGAUAAUGCUGUUUUAGAGCGAUCUCAAGGUGCCCAUAAUGGCGGUGAUCACGGAACAAGUAGUUCCAUGUCCAUGGAUGCACCACCGCAAAGAAAUUUCAUCGAGCCUGCGAAUGUCGGUAAUCAAAACGUUGAUGAUGUUAACUCAUGCCAUGAUCUCGGGUCACGUGUAACUGCCAGUAUCGGCAGUGCUAAACUACCUCAUGAUGGGCAUGAUGAUGGUGUGGGUGAUGGUGAUGCCACACUUUUAAAGGAACUACAGUGUACUGCUGAAUCAAGUAAAGUUCAAUCUAAUGAUGUGGAAACCGUGAAUCAUAACAAGUACAUUAGUCUUCGAGCCCUCAAUGAAGGUGUUGAUGGUUUGUUGGCGGGACCCUCGAAUCAAGCGGUUUCGGGUAAUAAAGAAAAGGAGAAGGAUAAGAAAAAGAAAGACAAGGAAAAGAAAAGAAAAAAGAAAGAUAAAGACGAUCCGGAGUAUUUGGAGCGGAAACGGUUAAAGAAAGAAAAAAAGCGAAAAGAAAAGGAAUUGGCUAAACUGAUGGCAACGCCACCUUUAAUAGAUGCGAAACAAACCGAAUCUGUUAAAGAUGAGGUGGCGGUUGCUCGAGUGACAAAUGUCACGACACCAGUGGACGGUGUGGUAAAGCGUCCCGAAGGUACUACUUCAACUCACAAACUCAAAAUAAAAAUAAAAAACAGAACAUUGACCAAACCAUAGUAACGUGUAGGCUGUAGGUGUAUUCUUUUAGAAAUAGUGUUCUGUACAACUGUAUACAAUAUAUCAUGAACGUUGAAAUGUGUAACAAUCUUGUGUUGGUUCGCUUACGGGCCUAGAUAGGAAAGGUUGAUUUAGUUCUGUUUGGGUCCCCUCCCGUUCAUGACACA